CAUCAAUUGCGUUUGCCAGAUUGUUUUCAGAAUUCUUCCCCAUAUCUUGCUCUUUGUUAAAUAUCUGGCAUGAAUCUGAUCCACACGAGACCUAUCUCCGGCACUCAUGUGGUGGCAAUACCUUAUCCUGGAAGGGGCCAUAUCAAUCCUAUGAUGAACCUGUGCAAGUUACUAGCUUCAAGGAAGCAUGAUCUUCUGAUCACCUUUGUUAUCACCGAAGAGUGGUUGGGUUUUAUCAGAUCCUACACCAAGCCUGAUAACAUACACUUUGCUUCGAUACCAAAUGUUCUCCCGUCUGAGCUGGUUCGUGGUGCUGAUUUUCCUGGCUUUUAUGAAGCUGUUAUGACAAAGAUGGAAGCUCCAUUUGAGGAGCUCCUUGAUACUCUUGAGCUACCAGUGACUGCUAUCAUAGCUGAUACUGAAUUGAAAUGGGCAAUUUGCAUGGGAAACCGAAGAAACUUUCGUGUGGCCUCGCUCUGUACAACAUCAGCAAAAUUUUUUUCUGUAUUGCAUAGCAUGGUUCUCACAGAAAACUGGCGUUUCUUGAUCGAUACAUUAGAUAAUGGAAGUGAGCUUGCGGAGCAGAGCUCUGGAAUUUCACCGGAUAUUCGGAUGAUAUUUGAAGGAAGUACGAGGCAAGUGUUCCAGCUUUCAUUGGAAUGCAUUUCAUGGGUGCCAAAAGCCAAAUAUGUUCUAUUCACUUCAGUCUAUGAGCUUGAAGGACAUGCCAUUGACACUCUAAAAGCAAGGUUCAAUAUUCCAAUAUAUACGAUUGGCCCUGCAAUCCCCUACUUUGAACUUCAUGGGAACUCCUCAGAGACUAUGGUUCAAAAUGUCCCCAGUUAUCUGCAAUGGCUUGAUAUUCAUCCUCCGUGUUCUGUUCUGUAUGUCUCCUUGGGGAGUUUCCUCUCAGUUUCCAAUGACCAAAUGGAUGAAAUUGCUGCUGGGCUACAAGAUAGUGGUGUUCCAUAUUUGUGGGUAGCUCGUGGAGAAACUUCUUGGCCAACGGAAAAAGGCAGUGAAAUGGGGUUUGUAGUACCUUGGUGUGACCAACUGAAGGUGCUAUGCUAUUCUUCUAUUGGGGGAUUUCUAACACAUUGCGGGUGGAAUUCCAUUCUUGAAGCUAUCUAUGCAGGCAUUCCAAUGCUCACUUUCCCGAUACUUUUUGAUCAAGCACCAAAUAGUAAGCAAAUUGUUGAUGAUUGGAAGAUAGGGUGGAGGUUGAAAGAAGAACAAAAAGAUGGAAGUUUGGUGAGAAGAGCUAGCAUUGCAGAGCUUGUCCGAAGUUUCAUGGAUCCAGAGAACAAUGAGGUGAAAAACAUGAGAAAAUCAGCAAGUGAACUCAAAGAAAAAUGCCGAAAAGCAGUCGCCGAGAACGGAUCAUCUCAAAGAAACCUUGAUGCUUUCAUCAAAGACAUCUCACAAGGUCAUGAUGUAAUGCUCAUUGAGUAAAUUGAUUUUGAUAUAAAUGUUAUGCAUUUGUUUUUACUUUGUUGAUUAUAAGUUGGCAGCAACUUUUACAUCAUUUGCCAUCUACAA